AUGGCUCCGGCAGAGGAGAAUAAGACCGUCGGGGAUCUCAAACCCGAUUAUAGAUUGAAUUUCGAAGACGAUAUAAAAUGCAGCGGCUCUAGCUCGACGACCGUGGUCAAGAACGCGGAUGAUUCAGAGGAUAUCAGCACAUUUCAAGAGGCAGAGCUGCGAGAACUUGCCCGUCAGCUAUCUUGUGCAUCUCGGCAAGGUGGUCCUGAUGUCGAAAGGGAUACCCAGCAUGUCAUUAACCCUUUCCUCGACCCAGAGGCCGAUCCUCAACUCAACCCGGAUGACAAGAACUUCAACGUUGCCAAAUGGCUCAAGACUAUUCUUCAGAUCACUUCCAGGGACCCGGAGCGGUAUCCCAAGCGAACUUCAGGUGUUUCAUUCCGGAAUAUGAAUGUCCAUGGCUAUGGAAGUGCAGCAGAUUAUCAGAGUGAUGUUGGGAAUCUACCACUCAAAGCGUGGAGUGGCACCAUGGGCCUACUCGGGCUGCGCAAGAAGGUCCGUAUCGACAUCCUUAGGGACUUUGAAGGCUUGGUCAAAAGUGGUGAGAUGCUCGUCGUCCUGGGACGUCCAGGAAGUGGUUGUUCGACAUUUCUGCGCACUCUUUCCGGCGAGACACACGGUCUCUAUCUGGACGAAGGCAACGACAUCCAAUACCAAGGUGUCUCCUGGAAGCAGAUGCACAAACACUAUCGAGGCGAGGUCAUCUACCAAGCCGAAACCGAGACGCAUUUCCCUCAAAUGACCGUCGGAGACACCCUUUACUUCGCAGCUCGCGCCAGAGCUCCGGCUAACCGACUGCCUGGCGUCUCCCGCGAGCAGUACGCAUUGCACAUGCGUAGUAUGGUCAUGUCCAUGCUAAGCUUAUCACACACUGUCAACACGCAGGUCGGAAACGAAUACAUUCGUGGUGUUUCCGGGGGUGAGAGGAAACGUAUCAGUAUUGCAGAGACGACGUUGAGUGGCAGUCCUUUGCAGUGCUGGGAUAACAGUACCCGAGGCCUCGACAGCGCCAAUGCCUUGGAAUUCGUGAAAUCGCUUCGUCUCUCCACCAAAUAUUCUGGGACAACCGCCAUUGUUGCCAUAUAUCAGGCUGGUCAAGCAAUCUACGAUAUCUUCGACAAAGCCAUAGUCCUUUACGAGGGCCACCAAAUUUAUUUUGGAAAUGCCAUUCGGGCCAAACAGUACUUCCUGGAUAUGGGCUUCGAAUGCCCUAGUCGACAGACUACAGCUGAUUUCUUGACGUCGGUAACCAGUCCUUCAGAGAGAAGAAUCCGACCUGGCUUCGAGUCUCGAGUUCCCCAGACCCCCGCUGAAUUUGCACAGCGAUGGAAAGACAGCCAGGACAGAAAGGAACUCUUGGAGGAGAUCGAGGUCUACAAUAACACAUACCCUCUACAUGGCGAACAGCUGCAAAUAUUCCAGACCUCCCGUGUCGCUGAAAAGGCUACAUCAACUAGCAAAACUUCCCCUUACACUCUUUCAUACGCCAUGGAAAUAAAACUCUGCAUGUGGCGAGGAUUCCAGCGACUAAAGGGUGAUAUGUCCAUGACAUUGACCUCUAUUAUUGGAAACAUUGCCAUGUCCUUGAUUAUUGCCAGUGUUUUUUAUAAUCAGCAAGAAACCACCGACAGCUUCUUUUCUCGAGGAUCCCUGCUUUUCUUUGCAAUUCUAAUGAACGCUUUCGCAAGUUCUCUGGAUAUCUUGACCCUAUGGCAUCAACGCCCAGUCGUUGAAAAACAUGACAAAUAUGCGUUAUAUCAUCCUUCAGCCGAAGCUAUCAGUUCUAUACUGGUUGACCUGCCGGCAAAACUGGCUGUUGCAAUUGUAUUCAACCUAAUCAUAUACUUCAUGACGAACCUGAGAAGAACGCCCGCCCACUUCUUUAUCUUCUUCCUCUUCUCCUUCACCACGACCCUGACGAUGUCGAACGUCUUCCGUUCCAUAGCCGCCGUUUCUCGUACACUGUCUCAAGCUCUGGUCCCUACGUCAAUAUUCAUGCUUGCAUUGGUCAUUUAUACUGGCUUCACUAUCCCCGUUCGCGAUAUGCGUCCCUGGUUCAAGUGGAUCAGUUAUAUAAACCCGAUUCAGUAUGCGUUCGAAUCCCUCAUGAUCAACGAAUUCCACGACCGUGAAUUUACCUGUGCUCUCUAUAUCCCAACCGGGCCACCAUAUGCCAACGCUACCGGGAAAUCUAGGAUUUGUGCUGCCAAGGGAGCUAUGGCUGGAAAGACAACCGUGAACGGCGAUGUGUUCCUUAACGAGUCAUACUCUUACCAAGCUUCUCAUCUAUGGAGAAAUUACGGUAUCAUCGUUGCAUUCUUCCUUUUCUUCCUGUUCGUUUACAUUAUUGCCACAGAACUUGUCAGUGCCAAACCUUCAAGAGGAGAAAUUCUUGUCUUCCCCAAAGGCAAGGUCCCUGCAUUUUUGAAAAAGUCCAAGAAAUCCGACGAUCCCGAAUCAGCAUCGACGGAUGAGAAGCAACGAGUAGAAAACAACGGCCAUGACCAAACCGCUGCUAUUGUCAAGCAAACUUCUAUUUUCCACUGGGAGGAUGUCUGCUAUGAUAUCAAAAUUAAGAAGGAAACCAGGCGUAUCCUAGACCAUGUUGACGGCUGGGUUAAGCCUGGAACUCUAACAGCUUUGAUGGGUGUGUCCGGUGCUGGAAAAACGACCCUCUUGGAUGUCCUUGCAAACCGUGUCACGAUGGGUGUUGUUACCGGUGAAAUGCUUGUUGAUGGACGACUACGAGAUGACUCCUUCCAGCGCAAGACUGGCUAUGUUCAACAGCAGGAUCUUCAUCUGGAAAUCAGUACUGUCAGAGAAGCAUUGGUAUUCAGUGCCAUACUUCGUCAACCCAAUUCUACCCCCCGUGAAGAGAAAAUCGCAUACGUGGAGGAAGUCAUUAAAAUGUUGGGAAUGGAGGAAUACGCCAAUGCUGUUGUUGGGACUUUAGGUGAAGGCCUCAAUGUUGAACAGCGAAAGCGACUCACUAUCGGUGUCGAAAUCGCUGCUAAACCGGACCUUUUACUCUUCUUCGAUGAACCGACUUCUGGACUUGACAGUCAAACGGCCUGGUCUAUCUGUACCUUGAUGAGAAAGCUGGCAGAUCACGGUCAAGCAGUUUUGUGUACAAUCCAUCAACCCUCCGCGAUGUUGAUGCAGGAGUUUGAUCGAUUACUAUUCUUAGCCUCCGGUGGACGAACCGUUUACUUCGGGGAGCUUGGAAAACAUAUGACUACCCUCAUUGACUAUUUUGAAAGUAAAGGGGCUGCAAAAUGUCCUCCCAAUGCUAACCCUGCCGAAUGGAUGUUGGAAGUCAUUGGUGCCGCACCAGGGUCGAAGACUGACAAAGAAUGGCCAGCCAUUUGGCGAGAUAGUGCUGAACGUGUCGAGGUUCGUCGUCACCUUGCUGAACUUAAGUCGGAGCUUUCCCAGAAGGCUCAACCUCCUCGAGUAGCCGGAUAUGGUGAAUUCGCUAUGCCGCUUUGGAAACAAUAUCUCGUUAUCCAACACCGUAUGUUCCAGCAGUACUGGCGUAGUCCAGAUUAUAUCUACUCCAAAGCCUGUCUUGCUAUUGUUCCGACUCUCUUCAUUGGUUUCACUUUUUAUAAGGAGAAGCUCAGUUUACAAGGCCUUCAGAACCAAAUGUUCGCCAUUUUCAUGUUUAUGAUUCUCUUCCCGAAUCUUGUCCAGCAAAUGAUGCCCUACUUCGUCAUCCAACGCUCUCUCUACGAAGUUCGCGAACGGCCCUCGAAAACAUACUCUUGGAUAGUAUUUAUGAUUUCCUCCGUCGUUGUUGAAAUUCCCUGGAACGCCCUCCUUACCGUCCCCGCCUUCUUCUGCUGGUACUAUCCGAUAGGAUUCUACAAAAAUGCAAUUCCCACAGACUCCGUGACAGAACGCAGCGGCACCAUGUUCCUCCUCAUCUUGAUUUUCCUCAUGUUCAGCUCGACAUUUAGUUCCAUGGUCAUCGCGGGUAUCGAACAAGCAGAGACAGGAGGAAACAUUGCUCAGCUUUGCUUCUCUCUAACCUUGGUCUUCUGCGGCGUUCUAGUGACUCCCACCGCCAUGCCUGGAUUCUGGAUAUUCAUGUAUCGCCUAUCGCCAUUCACAUAUUUCGUUUCCGCCGUCCUUUCUACAGGUGUUGGAAAGACCGAUAUUGAGUGCGCAGCCAACGAGAUACUCCGUCUUGCCCCUGAGGCAGGGAAAACGUGUUUGCAGUAUUUGGGCCCUUAUACCUCGUAUGCUGGAGGAAAAAUCCUCAAUCCUGAGGCUACCGAUAUGUGUGAAUUCUGUGCAGUCGCCGAUACUGAUACGUUCUUGAAGGGAUUGAAUAUCGCCUUUGACGAACGCUGGAGAAAUAUCGGUAUCUUGUUUGGAUACAUUGCAUUCAACAUGAUCGGAGCUGUUGCUUUGUACUGGCUGCUCCGUGUCCCUAAGAAAAAAUCUGGGGUAAAACAAGGGCCGCCAGCGAAGCAAGAGAAUGAUGCAAAGGCAUCAUAA